UAUAAACCCUCUCUCUCGUCCCCACAUCUACUUUCCUCUUUCCCCUCAUACAAUUCUCUCUCUCUCUCUCUCUAAGGAUCCGAAAUGGUGUGAGUUUUCAUUCCUCCAAUUCGCCGCCGUUCACUUCAAUUGUCUUCCGCCGCCGCUUUCUUCCGAUCCGCAUUCUAUGUCAUGGACUCGACAGCUUCUAAGAUACAACAGCUCCAGAAGGCAUUUGCCGAACUCGAAAGUCAUCGAGCAGUCACUCUAAAUUUGAAAUGGAAGCAGAUCGAGGAGCAUUUCCAGGGUCUUCAGAAAUCUUUGAAGAGACGUUUCACCGAACUUGAAGAACAAGAAAAAGACUUCGACACCAAAAUAGUCGAAUCGAGACAGAUUCUGGACAAGCGCAAAGCUGAUGUCGCUGUCAAGGAGCAAACCUCACUCGAGAGCCUCCAAGAGAAACGAGAUGCUGCGGUUUCGGCCAUUUUGAAUGCCAUGGUCAAACACGAGAACCAAGCUGAAGGAGAAGUUGUCGAGGAAAAAACUGGUGAUGAAUUAACUACUGCAAAGAAUACGAGCAGCGGUACCGAAGAGUCUGUUCAGAAUACGAAUAUACAAGUGAAGGCUUAUCCAGAACUGGUGAAAUUAUGCCAAGAGAUGAAUUCCGAGGCGCUCAACAAAUUUAUUUCCGACAACCGGAAAGAUCUCGUUACUCUAAGGGAGGAAAUUCCGAUCGCUUUGAAGGCUGCAUCUGAUCCCGCGUAUCUUGUUCUGGACUCGCUCAAGGGUUUCUACGGCCCAGAAGACGUGCAUAAAAAAGAUGCCAAUCUAUUGGGCCUUCGUCGAACAUGUAUCAUGCUUAUGGAGUGCCUCAGCAGUUUGUUCGUAAACAUGGACGCGGGCUCUGUUUCUGGUAUUAUCUCGGAAAAUGCAAAGGAACGAGCAAAGGCUAUUGCCGAAGAGUGGAAACCGAAGCUGGAUUAUCUUGACGUCGAUGCCAGUUACGGGAAUUCUCUAGAGGCUCAUGCGUUUCUGCAGCUUCUGGCUACUUUUCGCAUCAAUUCGGAUUUCGAUCAGGAUUGUCUGUCGAAAUUGAUUCCCAUGGUUUCUCGACGCAGGCAAACCGCUGAACUUUGCCGUUACCUCGGCCUGUCUGAGAAAAUGCCAGGCGUGAUUGACGUCUUGGUAAAGAACGGAAGACAGAUUGAUGCUGUGAAUUUAGCUUUUGCAUUUGAACUGACUGAGCAGUUUUCACCCGUUUCAUUACUGAAAUCCUACUUGGCGGAAGCCAAGAAAGUGCCGUCGGCUGCCAAACCCGGAAGUACAUCACCUGGUGCUUCUGCACAGAACGAUGUAAACGAGAAAGAGCUUACUGCACUUAAAGCCGUGAUCAAGUGCAUCGAAGACCAUAGUCUCGAGAUCCAAUUCCCAGUGGACCCACUCCAGAAACAGGUUCUCGAAAUCGAGAAAGCAAAGGCGGACAAGAAAAGGGCAACAGAAGUUGCGAAGCCACAGUCCAAAAGACCCCGCGCUAGCGGCGUUGGUGGUGCACACGCACCACGAGCCGCAAAUGUUGCCACCGACAAGAACUUCUACGGUGGUGGCAGAAUGCCCGAAAGGUAUCCGCAGUACGUCUACGAGAGACCAUCGUAUGGUUACAGUGGACCGGCGGAGCACCACCACGUGCAGCCGUAUGUGGGCCCCACUGCGGUCUAUAACUUCUCUCCUAAUCAUCAAGUCAACUUCUUCGGGAAUGCGUACCAGUACCAGACUGCCUACUUGCACUAAUCGGUAGAGAUGCUGAGAGACUGAUGUUCGUCUAUUUUAACUGUUAGUGUUGUUGACCAUUUUCCCAGUUCAUGCAAUCUUCAAUCUAUCAGUAAAUCUAGUAUUUGAAAAAAACAAAAAAAAACAAAAGAAAAGAGCAAGAGGUAUUAUUAAUCUUGUUAAUUUCUAUUUUGUUGUAAGCUAAUAUUAUUACCAUCUUCUGAUAGAUGCACUGUUUUCUAAUGUUUAUAGUGUUGCUUUUAAUAUCUUUGCUCUGUUUGAUC